GGCUUUUCAAUAUAUUCGGCUUUUCAAAAUCUUCGGCUUUUCAAAAUGUUUGCCUUUUCAAUAUCUACGGCUUUUCAAAAUCUUCGGCUUUUCAAAAUCUACGGCUUUUCAAAAUCUUCGGCUCUUUAAAAAUCUACGGCUUUUUAUAAUCUUCGGCUUUUAAAAUUUCACCGACGAUUAUUAUCAUAAAAUGCAGACGCGGAACGUGCGCGGGACAGAGAAAUACAUUCGAAGCUCUCUAGAUUUGCAUAUUUUGGCUCAUUAUAUCAAGAAACUUUGAGAUAUGUAGGUGUUUUUUUACAACUGGAAAACUUACACACGCAAGCACGUGCAGACUAUAUAGUCCUCUGUAUAAUAGCACCAUUACAAGAUUAACUCAAGAUGAUACCUGAUGAAAUAAAGCAGUGCAUAAUUAAAAUGUUUUAUAAAGGAUAUCCUUAUAGACUGAUGCACUACAUACUUGAAAAAAAAAAGAACUUUCAGAUAAGUUUCCAGUAUUUGCAGCAUAAAGUUAUCCCCAGGUUAGGUUUAAAGAGAAGGAACUGUAGAAUUGACAUUGAUACAGCAAUCUCAUUGGCAGUGAGUGAAAUCCAGAAUGGUUGUAAUGGAUGUGAAAAUUUACGUCGUUCACUGAAAAUAAAAUACCACUUGCAAAUAACAAGGUCUCUUUCCAGGGAACUUGUUAGAAUUUUAGAUGCUGAUGGUAUUGAAAGACGUAAAGGUAGAAGAUUAAGGAGAAGAAAAUAUAUAUCCAGGGGUCCUAACUAUGUGUGGCACUUAGAUGGUUAUGACAAGCUAAAGCCCUUUGGUAUAUGUAUACAUGGAUGUGUAGAUGGAUUCUCAAGAAAAAUUAUAUGGCUUUGUGCUAGUAUCACUAAUAAAAGACCAGAAGUUGUAGCUGAUUUUUUCCUGAAAGCUGUGGAUAACAUUAAAGCUUUUCCAAGCAAAAUCAGAUGUGACCCUGGUACUGAAAAUGGGUUGACAGCAGCCAUCCAACUCACUCACACUUCUGAUAAGAAGUCUGUGAUUUAUGGCUCCUCGGUUUAUAAUCAGAGAAUUGAAAGAUAUUGGGGUUGGUUACGGCAAAGCAAGUCAGACUUUUGGAUCAAUCAUUUCAAAUGCCUUGAAGCAGAUGGAAUAUUGAAUGUAAGCAGUCAAAUCCACAAACUAUGCUUGCAGUUUGUAUAUUUGCCAAUAAUACAGCAAGAUUUAGCAGAGUUAACAGUUCUUUGGAACAGUCAUAACAUUAGAAAACAAAAUCAGGGAGAUAUAUUGUCAGGCAUACCUGAUGUUCUCUAUCACUAUCCUGAAGUGUAUGGUACUUCAAAUUUCUGUAUUCCUGCAGAUGAUAUAACAUUAAACUUCUUCAAGGAUCAGUGUACCCAUGAAGCAAAUCUAUUUAAAAAAAUAGAUGAAGACUUUGAGGCAGUUUUGACUGAACUAAGGGAUAAUCUUAACAUCCCCCCUGUAAUUGAUUCUGUACAGAAUGCGCGGUAUUUAUUUAUAUAUCUGAAGGAAAGAAUGGAGAACUUGCUAUCAUAGAGAUUUUAAAAGAUCAUUUGUGAGAGUCAAGUCUGGAAUUCAUCCUUAUCCAUCCACGAGAAGAGACAAUACUUGUUACUGGUAUCUGAAUGAUGUGUCCUCUGUCAAAAUCUUUGAAGACUAAACUUAUCUGAAUCAACAUAAACUUAUAUGAAAAAUUGUUAAUUAUUGCAUAUACAAUUAAUUGUCCAAAACUAAAAGUGAUACAUUUUGGCCAGUGAGUCUGCAUUUUGAUGUUCAUAUGCUAUGAAUGUACCUGUACAUGUAAAAGUGUCAAGUAAAUUACAAUUAUAAAUGAUAAAUUGUUUGACAAUGUCAAACAUAGCUGCUUAUAAAAUGAAAUUAUAUUAUCAUGUUCUUUAUAUAACGAUGUACAAAUGACUACCCGACUAGGUUGAUCAACCAGCAGACAACUGUCUCAUCUGACAGGAUCAAAAUUAAGGAUAUUUGCGUGUCAUGUUUUGAAAUUUUUGUCAGAUUUUCAGAAUCCUCUGGGUUUAUCCAUUGAAAUGCCUUUAAAAAUGUUGCCCAUGGACCCCCAUUUUUAUUUUUAUAAAUCUUUUACAUGUAUAAUUAUAAUUUAUUUGUAAAAGUCUUAUAAAAUCUUAUUUAUUUUUUAAUAGUAUUUGAGAACCUUCACUGGUGAAUGACAAAGCUAUGAAAAAUCAAGGGAGAACAUUUUCCUGCCAAAAUUUCAAUGGCUAAUAUCUCUAAAACAAGCAUAUUGACCCCUAUUUAUUUUUUUUACUUUUUUAAUUCCUCAAUUAACCCCCAUUCAAUAUAUACUAGUUUUAUAAAAAGUUAUUUAUUUUGAAACUGAGCAGCGGACUUCCUUAAAGAACAAAAUUAAAAUGCCUUCAAUUUUAGCAAAAAUUUCUAUUCAGACUAUUCUGUGUAAACUGGGCAACUUGAAAUCAAAUUAAAUUCCGUUCUUUUUGAAUAUCUGACACAAUAUUGGGUAAUAAAUAUAUUAUAUGGCUCAUAAAUGCAAAUAGUUGAACUGCAUUUAAGGUGAUAUGUGUGUCUAGAUUUUAUUAGGUCAGCAAAUGUUUAUGUUAAAUGCUACUAAGAAACAAUUGUAUUCAUUUAUUUCUCCUUAAAUUCUAAUGUUGGACAUUUUUGCUUGAUUUCAAAUUACUAUAACUUUGCAUGUGAAGGGGAGGUAGCUCAGAAAAUGUAUGUUUUUUAAAGCUAUCUUAAGGGCACACGAUACAAUUUUUAUUCUAUAUUGAAAAUUUGCAUUUGCAUGUAAGAUAUUUUUGGCCUGAUAAAAUCAAAUAUUUUAUACAAAAUAUACCUGCAUGUGCAACUCUUUGAGAACAACUAGGUUUAAAUUAUAAAUAUUUGCUCAAAAUUUGUAUAUGUGGAUUUUUGAAUUUUGGUGGCAGAGUUAUGCCUUUUUCAAAUGGAAAUAUUGCUGAAAAAUUUCAAAAAUAUCAAUCAAGUAAUUUCAUUUUAACUUGAACAAAGGAGUAUGUUCAAUAAGACCCGUUUUUGGCCUCAAAAUAUAGCAGUUUUACAAAUUUGUUAAAAUGUAAACUUUUAGUUAUUUAUUUGACAGUAGAAUGCUUGUACUUCAUCAAUACAGGCUGUUUUUGACAGUUCAAUGCACAUAUCUGGUACUAGCAUCUUUAAGUCAUGGUAAAUUACUGAAAUCUUCACAAUUGUAGCAUUUAAGUUAAAUUUUAGAUGGUUUUCGUGUAAAACGAAAGUGGCCACAUUUGUGCUCAUCCUUAAUAUUGAAAUGUAAGUUGUAUUUUAUUAUAAUACAUAUCAUAUAUAAAGGUUGAGGAUGAACUCGAAUGCGGCCACGUUCAUUUUUGACAAAAAACAACUAAAAAGUUACAUUUUUAGGCAUAUUUGAUAGAUUUUUCAUAUUUCAGCUUGAAUCUGAUCGAUUUUAAUGACUAAAUCAGUUAAAUUAUUUACAAAAACUGAUUGAUUCAAAUGAAAUAGACACUUAAGUGUUUAAAAAGUGGUCAAAAGCUUUCGUCAGAUGAACCUGAAAUUUGAGGUAAAAAUCGGUCCUUACUUGACUACUCCUUUCAUGGAAUGUAUAAAUAAUGCUUUUUUCCACUGAACUCAGUUUUAGUUAAAGCUUUUGCAGUAUAAAUUUUACAGUUCUUGAGUUAUGUCCCUUCAUAACAUCAUAUGCUAGCUGGGUUGUCUUUCGUGUCCCUAUGAACACCUUCCAUAUUUGUUUUCUUGACUUGUCAUCAUGUAGUCUCGAUUUUAUGUUUAAAAGGACAGAAAUCAAACUUUUUAAUAUCAACAAUAAAUGAACUGUUGUGGUUCCUUUUAUAUGCUAAAUAUGAUUGUGUUGUCAGAUUUAUUAGCUCAUCUGGACCAAAAGAAGGCAAGCAAGCUUUUCUUAUAAACAGAACAUAGGAGUUAAAUGCAGUUUUCUGUUUAUAUCUCGGAAACUAAUGCACUUAAAGCAAAUCUGACAGUGGUAAAACGGUCCAUUAGAUAUAGAUUAUCCACCCUGAAAUUUUUAAACAAAUCUAACAAACCUGAUGUUCGGAUGCUGCCCCCGAGUUAGUAUUUUAAAGAAAUUUUGCAGUUUUUUUUUUAUAAUCUUUGAUAUCAUUAUAAUAUCUACUGUUAAUUAUGAUUUAAAACUUAUUUUACAUGAUUUUAAAGCAACAGUAAAAUCAGAUGAGCGACACAGGCUCUCAAGAGCCUCUAUAGUUGCUUUUAGGCCUGUUUUUUUCGUUUGUCAACAUUAAUGUCAGUGAUGUUAAAAAUGAACUGACAUAUGUGUCUCAUAUCAGCAUGACCUUCAUUUGUACUUGACCUUUGAUCUAAUGGUAUAAAAACUUGAUCUUUUGACAUUUUUGUUUCUGUUUCAUAAUGUUUUUUUAUCCUUUGGCAUAGGCUUAUGUAAGAGGAGUACAUUUUUUUGUAUUUAUGUUACUUUAUAAAUAUAUAGAAAAUGUUAUGUAAAUUCAGAAAUUAUUGUGAUGUUUUUUUAUGGCAAAAAUGCGAUAGAGUUAGAAUCUCAAUUUCAUGUAUUUAAACUGGCAUUUUCAAAUAUUUAAUAUGAAUUACACAGGAUUUUUGUCAAUAUUUCAAAAAUUAAAUUCACACUUUAAAAAUGCAAAAAUCAUAAUCAAUAAGAAAUGCAAGCAUUAAUUUCUGAAUUAACAGUAUAUACCGGUAAAUGAAAAUAACAUUGUACAUACAUUGGUGUACUGAUAAAUAAGGAAGUAUACCUACUAUAAAAAACAUUGUAGUCAGAUUUAUGUAUCAUUAUAUAUGUAUGUAAAGGAAUUGAUGUUGAUGUAAUAAUAAUAAAGACAUUUUAGAAAUA